AUGGCCGCAGGAGAGGUCGCACUCGUGAGCCAAGGCACCGGCUAUGGAAUCAUCAUUGGACUGGGAGCGCUGUUUGCCAUCCUGAUCCUCAUCUCGGUCCGGGUCCAGAAGCGGUACCUGCUGGAGGACUCUGAUCGCUCGGAAAUGUUCAUGGUGGCCAAUCGAACGAUUGGUACUGGACUGACAGCAAGCGCAGUCUUCAGUUCAUGGAUGUGGAUCAACGAAAGCAUGUAUUCGACAGUAUUCGCUUACUCAUGGGGCAUUGCCGCGCCAGUAUGGUUCGCCAGUGGCCUGACCUUUCAGAUCGCUUUGAUGGCAGUAUUGGGGAUUGUGGCAAAGCUUCGAGUACCAUACGCGCAUACAUCCAUGGAGUUCGUUCGCAUACGAUAUGGGAAUAUCGGACACAUCGUCUUCAUCUUUCUCAACCUGAUCAACAAUGUCUUCGGUUGCUCGGCCAUGGUCAUCACUGCGGCACAGCUCGUCACUGGCAUUACUGGAAUGCACAUCGUUGCAGCGACAGUUCUUAUUCCUGCUGGAGUCGUCGUCUACACUGCUGUCGGCGGUAUCAAGGCCACUUUCCUCACAGACUUUCUCCACACAGCUAUCGCUUUGAGCAUCAUGAUCUACCUGACCCUCAAGGUCCUCACGAACGAACAUGUCGGCGGACUUGGCGGUCUCUACGACAAGCUACGAGCCAAUGAGGACCGGGUUCACGUAGAAGGCAACUACAUGGGCAGCCUGCUGACCUUCAAGUCCUACAAAGCCGCAAUCUUCGGAGUCGUGCUCAAGGUCUGCAAUCUUGCUCUGGUCACCAUGGACACGGCUUUCUGGCAGAAGAGCUUUGCGUCUGACGUGCGCUCAACUGUGCCCGGAUACGACCUGGCUUCGGCGGCCAUUAUCGCCGUCCCUUGGGGUAUUGGUACCGUGAUCGGACUUUCAGCGAGAGCCAUUGAGAACACACCUGUCUUUGUCACCUAUCCGGAAGUCAUGACUUCAGCUCAAAUCAAUUCGGGCCUAGUCAUGCCUUACGUGAUCAAGUCGCUCUUCGGAGGCUCGGCUGUCGUUGCGAUUUUGGUUCUGAUUUUCAUGGACAUUACCAGUACAGUCAGCAGUUCUCUCAUCGCUGUUAGCAGUAUUGUAUCCUUCGACUUCUACAGGACAUACGUCAAUCGAGAUGCAACAGAUCGCCAAAUCCUGACCGUCAGCCAUGCCGGUGUUAUAGGAUACGGGUUUGUCAUCGCCGGCUGGACAUUGGCAAUGAAUUACGCAGGCGCCAACGGCAAUUGGAUCCUCUACUUCCUCCCCGUAACCACAAGUUCCGGCAUCUUCCCCGUAAUCUUCACCCUCCUCUGGUCGCGUCAAACCCGCGAAGCCGCCAUCAUCUCUCCACUCAUCGGCCUGGCUGCAGGAAUAGCAGUCUGGAUCGGCCUUUCCUACUCCAUGUUCGGCGAAGUCUCCAUCGCAAGCACCAGCGAACAAAUGCCCGCACUAUACGGUUCUCUCACCUCACUCUUCACCCCGGCCAUCCUCUCAAUCCUAAUCUCAUUCAUUCGUCCCCGGAAAUUCGAUUUCCGAGAAUUCUUGAGAAUUGAUUUGAUCGAGGAUAAGAGCCAACCGGCUUCGAGUCAGGCCAGUCAGAUUAUCGGCGAGGAUGCGGAAAAGACAAAUCCCGCCUCCUCCGUUUCAAAAGAACCUCCACAAACAAUCGACCUCACAACCCAUCCCUCCCGCACCUCUUCAGUGGAACAUCUCGUCCAUCCAUUCGACGAAGCCACACUUCGACACAUCAAAUCCUGGCUUAAAAUCGCCAUUGCCUUCCUCAUUGUCAAUAUUCUCGUCACCAUCAUCGUGUGGCCUUUACCCCUCUACAGGAACUAUAUCUUUGGUCGCACCUUUUUCAAGAGCUGGGUUACGAUGAGUAUUGUGUGGCAGUUUUUCGCGCUUUUUGCCGUGGUGAUUUAUCCCUUGUAUGAUGGAAGACAUGCGAUUGCGAAAGGGGUUCGGGGUGUUUGGGGGGAUUUGGGGAGGAAGAAGGAUCAGUGAUGAGGUAUGGUAGAUGGCGAGGGGAGUGGAUGGUGGAUUGGGGCGAGACAUGAAUGAGGUCGAUCAUCGGAUGAAAGGUUGGCAUGAUAGAUGGGAUAGAAUUUCAUUGGAAUUGAGGUGUGUGGCGAAAUG